AGCUGGCACUAGUAUUCCUCUGUUUCCACGAGUUCAAGACCAAGACCCCUCGGAAAACAAAGCCAUGUUCAACAUUAUUGGAUCUAUAGCCAUUGCGUCAAGUAAUUUUAAUUUAGGAAAACAGACUAGACAGUAGUAAAAAGAAAUUUUAAUAAUAAUUUGUUAGAAUUUGAAAAUACUUGAAUCUAACAAAUGGCACUUUAUGACAAUGAUCACUGGUUGUUAUCACACAUUAGAGAUAGUUUUCUAUCCACUGACAAUACAGGUCAGUGCGAAAUGGUAAUGCUUGGAGAAGAUAUUCCAAAACAAUUAAAAUCAAACGGUACAUUGCAAUGUUAUCCUGGAAUGGAAGAAAGUGAUGACGAAGAUUUAGAUGCACUUGCAGAAUCUUAUGAUAUACAAAUGGAUGUGGAAUAUAGUCAUAGAGAACGUUCUAACACUGCCCAAAGAUUAGAGAAAAUGGAUCUUGAAAAAAAAAAGGCAGCUAAAGUCAAUGUGAAAUGGAAAAAUAAUCCUAUCAUACCUAUUACUCAACAGUCAGAAUUGUUUCAAAGAAAAGAUUUUCGUAAAAAGACUGAUCAAACCAAUAAAAGAUAUUCUCUUUUAUCUGAACAGCUUGAAAAAUGUCCACAUGUACCAAUAAAUCCUUUCAUAGAAUAUGCUAAAUUUGAUGGCAGUGCACAAGUAGAUAUUCCUAUAAGAAAAUAUAGGAUAUUUAUGUGUAUGUUACCUAAAGAACAAAGAAUGUAUCCUCUUCAUAUAAUUGUAAUAACUACUGCAAAAGUACUAGAAUUCAUUGGAUUGAUUUGCUACAAAUAUGCAAAUGAACAUCCAGAUCAUCCUCUAAAAGAAGAUAUCACAAGAUAUGGAUUAUAUUUCACUGAAGAUGAUGGAGAAGUUGAUUGGGAUUUACCUUGUUUAGAUCCAAAAGAAACAAUAUCGAAAUUUGAAUUUACAACGCUAGGUCUCACUGAAAUGAAACCCAGCGACAGAGCACGACACAAUAUGAUUAGUUCUGUAGAAACAAAGGAUGAAGAUGAAUUUUCGGAACUUCAUAAUAAAGAACAAGAAGAAGUUGCAGAGGAUUUAGCAAAAAUGGAAGGUCAUACAACUGCUAUGGAAGCUCCAUUAUACCAAUCUUACAGGGUGUACAUAAUUAACAAAGUCAGAACGAAGACUGAAAUUUAUCUUGGAAUAUCGGGUGAAAAAAUCGAGAUCAAUCCAAUAAUAACAGGAAAAGGUGCAGGACGUUUUUGGAAUAGACAACGGGCAGUUAGUUAUCAGAUAGAUAAUAUUGCCUGGUGUGAAAUAACGGAAACAAAGGGAUCAAAAACAAUUUUUACAUUAGUUUAUACCCCACAUUCUUCCAUUUCCGAUAACAUUUUGUUAUCAUCUGGACAAAUGCACUCUUUACAUCAGUCAGCAUCAUUUAAAAAUCACGAAUUUGAGGCAGAUUCUAUAACAGCUGAGGAAAUUGUCAGAAAAAUAAAUCAUAUAUUGGAAUUACAUACUAGUACAUCAAGAAAAGAAUAUUUAUCUCAAAAAGAACGAAAAGCGGCAAGACGAAAAAGUUUUCACUUGCACAGAUGACAACUCUAUUGGUUUCUUUACUCCAUUUUAAAUUAUUUGAAGUAUUAAUUACAUUAACACAAUAAGAAUUAAAGCAAAUAUUUGCUCCAAUACAAACACAACCUUAUUGUCCUUUUAACUGGUCGUAUUGUAAGUUCAUUAUACCAAAGAACUUGCAAUUUAAGUACUUAGGAACUAUAAUGUUAAUACUUGUUUUCUAAUUUAUUUUUUUUUAUAAUGUAUAUAUACGAACAUGUAAGGUAUAAAUUGAUUUUAUACAAAAUCAAAAAUCUGUUUUAAUAAUAACUAUAAUCAGCAAUAAUAAACUUAAAGAAUAGAAAUAAUUAACUUUACCUUAAAAAAUAUUUUCAUACAGUACGAUAUUCAGACUUAUCAUUCUGAUAUUUCAAUAAUUUUGUCUGUAAGCUUCUGCAAUCUUUCUUCCAUUUGCAAAAUAAAUUUUUCGUUUAAUUUA